AUGGAGUUCCGGCGGUGUGGCUGGCUCCUGCCAGUGUCCGGUUUUAUUUCAUGCGCUUUGUGCAUCGUGUCCGUGUUCGGUGUCGAGGUGGAGUCGAGUAACACUCAACUGAGCCACGAUAGUCUGAUUUCUAUCGACGACGAGGCAUCCGGGUUCUCCUGGAGCGCAGAAGAAACCCAUCUGGACUGGGAGCAAGUUGCUCCCAUGUCGUUCUCAGGACUAGAAGACAAAUCCACUGACUCGGAGAAUGCGGCACCCCUGAGGAUCCUGGAGGAGCCGGCAAGUGCGGAAUCGCCGCUUUUCUCGGCUGAAACGCUGGUGGAAGGGUCCUUUGAUACGGAGUUCCCCUCGUACAUGCCAGUCGCAGAACUGAACAGCGAGGGCCAGCGCGUCUUUUCCGACGGCACUGUUAUCCCGCCGCCGGACAAGGGUUCUCAGGCACUGCCUGUGAUUGGCUGGAAAGCGAACGAGGAUGCCGACGAUUACACUGUGACGCUCCUGACAUCCUCGGGCGACCUGAAGGAAGUGCGGACGACUAAGCAUGAGUUGCGAGAGAGUGUGCUGAAAGGCACGCCUCUGGACUUUAAGGUUGUCGACGGGACGGACGAUGAAGUGGUGUCACCUCAGCACCACAAAUGCAAAUUCCAUGGCUGUUUCAGUGCGAGCUUCAGCAUGGCGCCUAUGCCAAUGCCCAUGCCGAUGCCCAUGCCAAUGCCCAUGCCCGCUCCUAUGCCCAUGCCUAUGCCGGUUCCAACUCCGAUGCCAGUUCCAACGCCCAUGCCAGUUCCGACGCCAAUGCCAGUGCCAACUCCGAUGCCGGUUCCAACCCCGUACCCGACUCCAAUGCCGGUUCCAACGCCGACACCGAUGCCAGUUUAUCUGCCAAUACAACAAACGGUCCACGGCGGCUUCACCAACCAGAACUCCUGGUUUUCUGGAGGAUCCUCCUCGCAGUCUGGAUUCUACGGAAGCUCAGUCGGACCCUCGAUGGGCAUGGGAGGGGGAGUCAUGGGAGGGGGAGUCAUGGCAGGGGGAGUCAUGGGAGGGGGAGUCAUGGCAGGGGGAGUCAUGGGAGGGGGAGUCAUGGGAGGUGUAGGUACACCCGGGUUCCCAGGCGUGAUGUAA